AUUUAUUACAUUCCUUGUGCUUAAACUUUUCUACCAAUUUUAGAAGUGUAAAAUGUCUUCAGCGUUACCUCUUAACCCUAAACCUUUUUUGAAUAGUUUGACUGGUAAGAAAGUUAUAGUUAAACUAAAGUGGGGUAUGGAAUACAAAGGUUUCUUGGUGUCACUUGAUGGCUAUAUGAACCUACAAUUAGCUAAUACAGAAGAGUAUAUAGAUGGACUUUUAAGCGGAAACUUGGGGGAAGUAUUAAUUAGAUGUAAUAAUGUAAUGUAUAUCAGAGGUUGUGAUGAAGAAGAAGCUCUUAAAGAAAAAUAGCAAUUUUUUAUAAAUUUAUUUGUUUAUAUCAAAACGAUUAUUAUUUUUUUAUUUCAUAAAUUUUAAAUAAAAGUUUUAAAAAUCAUAUGCUCGU